AAGCCCUAUACCUCCCUGCCGCGCGUGGCGUCAGUUCCCGGCGGCGUGGGCCACGGCGGCGACGGCUCCUACACCAUGAAGCCGAACCAGUGGGUGCCCCCCACGGACGGCAGCGUGUCUCCGAAGCCGUCCCGCGGCACGCGGGGCCUGCAUCCAUCCCAGGCGCACGCGCUGUCUGGCAAGUCGCCGAUGUCCUACUGGCAGAACGACCAAUCGCACCCCGUGGGUUUGAGGAAGGCACACUCGGCGUCCCUGAAGGCCCUGCCGCUGCAGGCCUCUGAAAGUACCGGCAGAGUCAAGGGUGCACCUGACGCCCUUCCCGACGAGGCCAUGCCGAAGAUCGACGCGGCAAAGAUGGACGAGCUGGGUGUCACCUCGCCUCAGUUUCGGAGCAGGCGUCGGGGCAUGGUGGCGAACCAGAACCCCGUGGGUGGCUUUCAGUUCAUGUGGCCGCAGGAUAUCCCUGGCGGCCGGCGGUGGUGA